GCAUCACCACAAGCACAACCUGAAGCACCGCUACGAGCUGCAGGAGACGCUGGGCAAGGGCACGUACGGCAAAGUGAAGCGCGCCAUCGAGAGGUUUUCCGGCAGAGUGGUUGCAAUAAAAUCCAUUCGUAAGGACAAAAUUAAGGAUGAACAAGACAUGGUUCACAUCAGACGGGAGAUUGAGAUCAUGUCAUCCCUCAACCACCCUCAUAUCAUCACCAUAUAUGAAGUGUUUGAAAAUAAGGAUAAGAUUGUGAUCAUCAUGGAGUAUGCGAGUAAAGGAGAGUUGUAUGAUUACAUCAGCGAGAGGCGGCGCUUGAGUGAGAGAGAGACAAGACACUUCUUUCGACAGAUAGUCUCUGCUGUACAUUACUGCCACAAGAAUGGUGUUGUCCACAGGGACCUAAAACUGGAAAACAUCCUUCUUGAUGACAAUUUUAACAUUAAGAUUGCUGAUUUUGGACUCUCCAACCUUUAUCACAAAGACAAGUUUCUUCAGACCUUUUGUGGGAGCCCCCUGUAUGCUUCUCCUGAAAUAGUCAAUGGACGACCUUACCGAGGCCCAGAGGUCGACAGCUGGGCCCUUGGUGUAUUGCUUUACACUCUGGUUUAUGGAACGAUGCCCUUUGACGGCUUUGAUCACAAAAAUCUCAUCAGGCAGAUCAGCAGUGGAGAAUAUCGUGAGCCAACACAGACCUCAGAUGCUCGUGGUCUUAUCAGAUGGAUGCUGAUGGUGAACCCUGAGCGCCGAGCAACCAUUGAAGACAUUGCCAAUCACUGGUGGGUCAACUGGGGCUACAAGAGUAGUGUUUGUGACUGUGAUGCUAUGAGGGACUCUGAGUCCCCGCUGCUGGCAAGGUUCAUUGAUUGGCAUCACCGUUCCACUGGCCUCCAACCAGAGACUGAUACCAAAAUCAAGUGCCUUUCUAAGCCCAAAGGUCCUGAAGUUACAUUAGAGAGACAAAGGUCUCUGAAGAAAUCAAAAAAGGAAAAUGACAUUGCACAGUCCAUCCAGGAAGGAGGAGCUGAAAAUGCAUCUAAACCCAUCUCCAAGAGACCCAAAGGCAUCCUGAAGAAAAGGAGCAACAGUGAACAUCGAUCUCACAGUGCAGGGUUCAUUGAAGGAGUGGUCAACCCAGUGUUACCUUCUGCUUUUAAGUUGGAGCAAGAGUUGUGUAGAACUGGUGUAGCCAUUAAAAGUGUUGUGGAGGGAGAGGUAGCAGGCAAAUAUGGCACUAAGCAGUCUUCAUUAAUGCCAAAAAAAGGAAUCUUAAAGAAGACUCAGCAGAGAGAGUCCGGCUACUACUCUUCUCCAGAACGAAGUGAAUCUUCUGAGCUCUUGGACAAUAAUGAGGAGACAGUAAACAGUGACACUUCUCCAGGUGUCACAGAGCCAUCCAGAAAUGGGUCUUUUAGCCACUCUUGCAGGCGUAAGGGCAUCUUGAAACAUAACAGCAAGUAUUCUACAAGCCCUGAAGCUGCUUUGAUCAGCCCUGAUACACCAACACUGGACGCAAUGGAAGCAGUGGUCCUGCCCGGGGAUGGGCUACCUCGAAGUUACAGUCGCCCUUCCAGUGUCAUUAGUGAUGACAGUAUUUUGUCCAGUGACUCCUUUGAUUUGCUGGAUUUGCAUGAGAAUAGACCAAACAGACAGAGGAUAAGGAGCUGUGUCUCUGCCGAAAAUUUCCUGCAGAUCCAAGACUUCGAAGGACUUCAGAACCGCCCACGGCCACAGUAUCUAAAACGUUAUCGCAACCGUCUGGGAGACAGCAGUUUUUCCCUCCUCACAGACAUGGAUGAUGUGACUCAGGUCUACAAGAAAGCCCUAGAGAUCUGCAACAAGCUCAACUAGCAGAGAGAAGAUAGAAAGGGAUCGAGGGGAGUUGCUCUGUGUACCUUUAUGUUGGAGUCAGCCAGGUUACUGUUUUGGUGACAAUGGUAGGUUUUCCUUCAAAGGGCCUGACUGUGCCUACAUAGCUGGACUCCUAGCAAAGUGUAAAAUAAACCCAAAGGCAUCUCACACUUCUCUGGUUUUGUUUCCUCAAACUGUUAGCUAGCUACCCAGAGAAAACCUGUGGUCUUUUAAAUGUGA